AUGUUUCUUACCAGGACUGAGUACGAUCGUGGCGUGAACACCUUCUCCCCUGAGGGUCGUCUCUUCCAGGUCGAAUAUGCCAUUGAAGCCAUCAAGCUGGGCUCCACUGCGAUUGGCAUCCAGACUUCUGAGGGUGUGAUCCUGGCUGUGGAGAAGCGCCUCACGUCGCCCCUUCUCGAGCCCAGCAGCGUGGAGAAGAUUAUGGAAAUCGACGCUCACAUCGGUGCCGCCAUGAGCGGUCUCACUGGAGAUGCCAAGACCCUUAUCGACUACGCCCGAGUUGAAGCACAGAACCACACCUUCACGUUCGAUGAGCCCAUGUCGGUCGAGUCGUGCACGCAAGCCAUCUGCGACCUCGCCCUCCGCUUCGGCGAGGACCGCAAGUCUGAGAAGGCCAUGAGCCGACCGUUUGGUGUGGCCCUGCUGGUGGCGGGCGUGGACAGCGAGAACGGUCCGGCCCUCUUCCACACUGACCCGUCGGGCACCUUCGUCCAGUACGAGGCCAAGGCCAUCGGCGCCGGCUCCGAGGGCGCCCAGUCCACGCUCCAGGACAAGUACUCCAAGUCGAUCACGUUGAAGGAGGCGGAGAAGCUGGCGCUGCACACGCUGAAGCAGGUGAUGGAGGAGAAGAUCAGCGCCGUCAACGUCGAGAUCGCGUCGGUCGAGGCGGGCAAGACGUUCCGCAUCUACUCGGCCCAGGAGCUCGAGGCCAUCCUCGCCCAAAUCGACGACGGCUCCUCGUCCUCGUCUUCCUCUUCGUAA